AUGUCCUACAGGAAGAAGAUUCCUGAGGACGCCAUGGAGAAUGAAGUGAGCAGCAGCAGCGGCAGCAACAGUGGCAGUGACAGUGAGAUCCAGGGGCACUGCAGGAGGACUACAGUCACUGACAAGGUUUCCUACCGCAAGACCAUCCCUGAAGAUCCAAUUGAACCUGCCAAGAAGAAGAAGAAGACAACGCCAAAGAGGAGGAAUGCUACUCCUCCUCACAAUGAUGAGUCCCAGCAAGCGGUUGUGGUGGCAUCAGUGGAUGAGUCCCUGUUGGAAAUCAAGAAGCUACUGGGUGAGCUUAAGAAAGACGUUGACUCGCUGGGAGCAGACAGUGUGCGCUCAGUGACCAUGUCUGCUGUGGGGAAACUCCUUGGUGAGGCCAAGGAGAUCAGCGGCAAUCUUGAUUGGCUUGUGAGCUCUUCUGAACAGAGUAAGAUCGUGUUUGGCCCCAAUCACAAGCCCCUUGUGUUGACCAAGGAUCUUGUUGAGCGCAUUCUUACCUCCCUGCACUCUUGA